AUGGGUUCCGAUGCUGAUAUGGAAGAUUACGGAUUCGAGUACUCGGAUGAGGAGCCUGAGGAACAGGAUGUUGACAUUGAGAACCAAUAUUACAACUCUAAAGGUUUGGUUGAGACAGAUCCCGAAGGAGCACUUUCAGGAUUCGACGAAGUAGUUCGAAUGGAGCCUGAGAAGGCCGAGUGGGGAUUUAAAGCUUUGAAGCAAACUGUGAAGCUCUAUUAUCGUCUGGGGAGGUAUAAAGAAAUGAUGGAUGCGUACAGGGUGAUGUUAACAUACAUCAAAUCAGCAGUAACACGAAAUUACAGUGAAAAAUGUAUAAACAAUAUUAUGGAUUUUGUUUCUGGUUCAGCUAGUCAGAACUUUGGUCUCCUGCAAGAGUUCUAUCAGACCACUUUAAAGGCCCUUGAAGAGGCAAAGAAUGAGAGACUUUGGUUCAAGACAAAUCUUAAGCUGUGCAAAAUUUGGUUUGAUAUGGGUGAAUAUGGGCGAAUGAAUAAGAUUCUGAAAGAACUCCAUAAAUCUUGUCAAAAAGAAGAUGGUACAGAUGACCAAAAGAAAGGAAGUCAACUUCUGGAGGUUUAUGCAAUUGAGAUUCAGAUGUACACGGAGACUAAAAAUAACAAAAAGCUCAAGCAAUUAUACCAAAAAGCUCUUGCAAUCAAGUCAGCAAUACCUCAUCCUAGGAUCAUGGGAAUAAUUCGUGAGUGUGGGGGGAAGAUGCAUAUGGCAGAGCGUCAGUGGGCAGAUGCAGCCACAGAUUUUUUUGAAGCCUUUAAGAACUAUGAUGAAGCUGGGAACCAGAGGCGUAUACAAUGCUUGAAGUAUCUAGUUCUGGCUAAUAUGCUGAUGGAGUCAGAGGUUAAUCCAUUUGAUGGUCAAGAAGCAAAGCCGUAUAAAAACGAUCCUGAGAUCUUGGCAAUGACAAAUCUGAUAGCAGCAUAUCAACGAAAUGAGAUACUGGAGUUUGAGAAAAUUCUUAAGAGUAACAGGAGGACAAUUAUGGAUGAUCCGUUCAUCCGAAACUAUAUUGAAGAUCUGUUGAAGAAUGUUAGGACACAAGUGCUGCUUAAACUUAUCAAGCCGUACACUAGAAUUCGGAUUCCCUUCAUAUCAAAGGAACUUAAUGUGCCUGAGAAAGAUGUUGAGCAACUCUUGGUUUCGCUUAUAUUGGAUAACCGAAUCGAUGGACAUAUAGAUCAGGUGAACCGGCUCUUAGAGCGUGGUGACAGGUCAAAGGGAAUGAAGAAAUAUGCUGCUAUAGAUAAAUGGAACACACAGCUAAAGUCUCUUUACCAAACUAUCAGUAACCGAGUAUAUUGA